CUGAAUAGAUGUUUGCAAAAAUGGUAUAUAAUAUUUAUGUGUUUUCUGUAGUUUAUAAUCAUCUGUUUAAGUUCUGCAACCUCACCACUAGCUGCCGCCCUGCACACUGGACCUUUAAAGUCUUCAGCAAACUCCACUUUUCAGCCUUAAAUGAUUUGCAGAUGAUCUGGCAGAGAAAAUAUUAACCACAGCCAGGCUGCAGGGGGCUGGUUCUGUGUGUCCAAAAGUGCAUUAACCCUUGUUGCAAAGUGACGUCCGAAGGUCACUGAACACUGCCUGUGCAACUGAAGAGUCUCCACAUGAGCAUGGACAUCGCCGCAGUGAAUGCUCUCCCUUAUGAGGAUUUUGUGAAUAUUUUGGGGAACGUGGUGGAGAGAUGUCCCAUUAUAACAGCUGCUGUGUGGUCGAGGCGUCCCUUUUUGAGCGUUAGUGAUUUGGAGGGUGCAAUCAGUGAGUUCAUCGAUGCUCUCCCAGAAUCAGGCAAAGAGGGGAUCCUCAGGUGCCACCCGGACCUCGCGGGCAGGGACCUCCAGAGCGGCACCUUGACCCGUGAGUCACGCCAGGAGCAGGCAGGCGCCGGGAUGGAUGCACUGAACUCCGCGGAAGCCUCGCGCAUGGCCCGGCUCAACCAGGAGUACAAGGAGCGCUUCGGGUUCCCGUUUGUCAUCUGCGCCCGGAUGAACGACAAGGCGAACAUAUUACGGCAGCUGUUCGAGCGCUGCCAGAACGAGCGCGCGGUGGAGAGGGCGCGCGGAAUAGAAGAGGUGAAGAAGAUAUGUCGCCUGCGUCUGCAGAGUCUCGUGCUCACUGACGCACCAAACAGGCUAUGAAAAUGUAAUAACUGGAUUUUUAUAUGUACUUCUGCUGUGCCGGUGUAAAGAGUAAAGACUGCCAUUGCUCCAAGGCAUGUAUAGGCUGUGAUAUUUACUUUAUUCCAAAUUUAUCAUGUGUUAUUCAUGCAUCAUACUGUACAAUGAAUUCUGCAAUAAAAUAUGUGUUGAUUCUAAUUUAA